AUGGCUGAUUCUUACAUGCCUGGCCUGUACCUUGCUGCUGCCGAGGAGGCUGAGGAUGACGCAGGAGCAGAGACCCACGAGCCAGCGGCAAGGGUGGAUGCGGCCACGUCGACUGAGAUGGCGGCUGCUGGCGACGCGGCGACUGGAGGGAUGCCUGUAGGGGCUGCUGCUCUGAGGGCGAUGGAGAUGGUGCUGGCGGCGACGGAGUUUGCAGAGACUGCAGGGGAGGCAUGGGAGGCUGCCGAGGCUGUCGCUGCCGCUGGCGGCGGCUCAUCUUCACCCUUGGCCAUGGCCGCUUUUGCCCCGCCACCUGCAGAGGGUUUUGGACCGGGCUCGGGAUCGGGGGCGGUGCUGUCUCAGGCUGAGGAACCGGCACCGCCACGGCCGGUGGAGGCAUCGACGGAGGCAGCGGCUGCAGGAGGUGCGGAGGUGGCCGUAACGGCUGCCGCUGUACUGGAGGAGGCGAGACAGCUCGCGGGGCCCGAGGCGGAGGUCGUGGGGGAAGAGGCGGAAGACGGGGCGGGGGCGCAAUCGUCGGGGGAAGAGAGGCGCUUGUGA